UUUCUCCAAUGCAAUUUUUUCUCUCUACCAUAACAUCAAACCGUACAUAGUCCACUGGACUGUCAAGUGUUUAUACAAAAUCAGUUGAGUGAGUGGAUCAGUGAAUGUAUCAUGUAAAUUGUAUAUACUGUGCCAAAAAUAAAAGAAAUUCCCCAUAUUGAUGGGCAAAGGAAAAAAAGCAUACAAAACAAAAUCGACAAUAUUGUUUGAAAACAAUAUCUUCUUUAUAUAAAUAAGAAAAAAAAAAAUUCGCCCACACAUUAUCAUUGCCUUUUGCGCAUAAUUGUUAUAUUUUACAUUGAAAAUUGAACCAUAAAAUUUUGUUUAUUUGUUUUUCGAGAGUGUGUGUGCGUAUGUGAUAUUUGUGAGAGAGUUCAAAAAGUGUCUCUUGUUGAAAUUUCUGUAUUUUAAUGAAGCUCAAGUGAGAAGAAUCAAUUGAUUGAUAACAUAUAGAUUUCUAAAGACAAUUUUAACAUUUAAAAUCGUUUUCUGUGUACACAAGCGAGUGGUGGUAUUGCCAAUGGUAUUUGAUGUUUUAAGUGUAAAAAGUAAUGAAUUCGAAAAAAAUGGAUGAAAAAGCGUUUGACUCCAUUCCCAGCGAUUUAUCCGUGGUGGAUGUUUACGAUUUAGCGUCGGAAAUUGGUAAAGAAUGUGAAAAAAUCAUCGAUUGUUAUGGAGCCGAUGCAGUUACCGCCUUAAUGCCAAAGGUCGUCAAUGCUUUGGAGAUGCUUGAAGCCUUAGCGAGCCGCAAUGAAAAUGAAAACACAACCAUGCAAGCGCUUUCUGAUCGCGUCGCAUCGCUGGAAAGUGAAAAAAUCGAAAGAGCUGUUUUCCGUGAAAAACUCCAGCGGGAGCUGGAAACAAUUGAAGAACAAUGGCACAGCGAAACAAAAGAACUGAUGGAUAUGGUGAAUAAAUUACAAGACGAGAAUCGUCGAUUUAGACACAAUGAAUAUAAGAAUGUUGAUUGUGUAAACGAUGGAAAACAAGUGCCAAAAAGUGGACAAAAUGUUUCAAAUUUGUUGAAUGAGUCUGAUUUUCAAAAGUUAAAAAGGUUACGCGGUCAAAUGGAAAAACAAAGGGAUGAAUUGAUGUGCCGAGACCAAGAGAUCGAAGAAAAAAAUACAGAAAUUGAAAAUUUUUCCAUUCAAUUGGAGCGAUUGAAAAGUUCUGGACGUGAGAGCCGAAAACGACAGAAAUUAUUACAAACGCAAGUUCAAAAAUUACUGGAUGAACGGUCAGAUUUAUUGGUACAAAUUCAAGAUCAGAAACGUGAAAUCAAUGUACUUCGAAGGAGCCUCGGCUUUGGCGGUAACGAAAAACUCGACCUAAGGAAGGUCGCAAGCAGUGCUGGAUGCUCUUUACUUUCAAACGAUGAUUUAAAACCAUUGCUAUUGGAACGUGAUAGUCUUAAAUCAAAAGUCAAAGAGUUGGAAAAUGAAUUGAAACAAUUGAAGCCAGAUGCAAAGAAUGAUGAUGAUGAUGCCAAAAUGGAAAACAUUGCAGAAGAAAAAACACCAGAAAAAAUACCAGAUGCCGAGGAAGAUGAUCCACCUGUGCAAGGUCCACUUCCCUACGAACCCGAUGAUGCCCCAUGGAAAAGAUCGAGUGAAGGUUCUGGAGUUCGAAAGUUUUUUCGUAAACUUUUUGCCGAACAAAGCAAAUCAAGUUUUCAACGUGGUACGUUAUCGACCCUGUCUAAGAUGGCUCUAUCUUCUAGUCCUAGUCGUAGCGUUGCCAACAUCUAAGCAAUCACCAAUGAAUAAUUGGGUCAUUCAAUUUACUCUAUCACAGUAUUUCAAACGACUGGAAGCUUCCAAAACCAUUUGGUACAUUAAAUGACGACCAUAAUAAUAAUAACAUAGAAAGCAACUAAUAUGCGAUAUUUUUAAUCUGAUCAGUUCAUCUUAUGAACAUCGGAAAAAUAUAUAACCAACCAAAAAAAUAUAUAUGAUAUCCACAAUAAUAAUAAUCAAAUUUCAAUGAAGUAGUGAGUGAGUGGAAUUUCUGGUACAAGAAUUUAUAUAUUACACAGAAGCAUAUCUUCCUCGGGAUGUGAUUUAUUACUCGAUAAAAAAAUGUUUAUUUGCAAUUUUUGUUUCAUAAAAAUGUAAACACUUUUCUAGAUGUUAAAAGAAAAUCUAUUGAUUUUGAUAUAAUUGUUAAAAUAACUGCAUAGAAUGAGUUUUCUUUUUGUUUUGUGAGGAUAACUUUUUUUACCUGUACUCGUAUUUUUUCAACCAAACUCUUAUACAUGUAAUCACAUGCAUCUUUCGAGCCACAUUCAAAGAGAUUAUUGUUUUGGAAUUUUAAAAUGUUAAAUAUUUUCAACUUCUUUGUUUGAAUGAAGAAAACUAUAGUUUUCUAGUCUAUUGGCUGUCAAAAAUUUACAAAAUUCAUAUUGAUAUUCAUGCACCCAUUUCUGGUCUAUCCAUGACGAUGAUAAUGUAAAACUUGGAAUUAAACUCAAAAUUAAAAAAAAUUUAGCUGUGUAUUUCUAACACAUAAUAAAUAUAUUAUAAUUUAUAAACUAGAAUGUCUGAAAACUAUGUGCAUUGCAUUGUGCAACCAGCAAAAGUUGACACAAGCAUCUUUUGUGAUGCAUCGCUGCAAUAAUAAAAAAACAGAAUUUCGUUGCUUAUGCCAAAAUUAACACAAAGAAAAACAGAACAAAAAUUGUGUGAUUGAAUGUGGCAAAACAAAUGUUAUUGGAUACAACGAAUAAAGUUGGGAUUUUAAUCAA